AUUGCGCAGUGGACGCCAUGUUGGAUCUACAGUGGAUUCGGGCUGGAAUUUUCUGACGCCGUAUGUUUUUCUUAAAAUCCUGGAUUUUUCCUCCCGUUUGGGGUCCGUCAAACACCCGCGAUCGGCGCCCUGAACGACAGUGACGAUGAUGAACUCCAGUUUCGACCUGUCCCGGCGAAAUCCGCAGGAGGAUUUCGAGUUGAUCCAGCGGAUAGGAAGCGGCACGUACGGAGAUGUGUACAAGGCACGCAAUGUCAACACAGGCGAGCUGGCUGCUAUCAAAGUCAUCAAACUGGAACCUGGGGAAGACUUUGCAGUUGUCCAGCAGGAGAUCAUCAUGAUGAAGGAUUGUAAACACUCCAACAUUGUAGCUUAUUUUGGAAGUUAUUUACGGAGGGAUAAGUUAUGGAUAAGCAUGGAGUACUGCGGGGGCGGCUCUCUCCAGGACAUUUAUCACGUUACUGGGCCUUUGUCAGAGUCACAGAUCGCCUACAUGUCACGGGAGACCCUACAGGGUUUAUAUUAUCUUCAUAACAAAGGCAAGAUGCACAGGGACAUCAAGGGAGCCAACAUCCUCCUGACGGACAAUGGCUAUGUUAAACUAGCGGAUUUCGGUGUCUCAGCCCAGAUCACAGCGACUCUUGCCAAGAGAAAGUCAUUUAUUGGAACACCGUACUGGAUGGCUCCUGAAGUGGCAGCGGUCGAACGGAAAGGAGGUUACAACCAGCUCUGUGAUAUCUGGGCUGUUGGCAUCACCGCAAUAGAGCUCGCCGAACUACAGCCGCCCAUGUUUGACCUGCACCCGAUGAGGGCUCUAUUUUUAAUGACCAAAAGUAAUUUUCAACCUCCAAAAUUAAAAGAUAAAAUAAAAUGGACAAACAAUUUCCACCAUUUUGUAAAGCUUGCGCUCACCAAAAACCCAAAGAAGAGGCCCACAGCUGAAAAACUACUACAGCACCCAUUUGUGUCUCAGCCGCUCAGUCGGACCCUGGCCAUCGAGCUGCUGGACAAAGCCAACAACCCCGACCACAGCACCUUCAACGACAUCGACGAUGACGACCCCGAGCCAGAGUCCCCCGUGUCGGUCCCCCAUCGUAUCCGCUCCACCAGCAGGAGCACUCGAGAAGGAAAGACGCUAUCAGAAAUUAACUUUGGCCAGGUGAAAUUCGACCCUCCGUUGAGAAAGGAAACAGAGCCCCACCAUGAGCCUUGUGAUUCUGAGCCCUAUCUGGACUGUGUCGAGGAGCACUACUAUACCGCAAGACCUAAUCUGGAAUUGCAGUUGGAGUACGGACACGAUUCACCGAGUCUAUUGGGAGGAAACAAUAAGAGUUUGCUCAAGUCUGUGGAGGAGGAGCUGCUGCAGAGGGGCCAUGUGGCACACUUAGGGGAUGAUGAGGAUGAGGAUGUUGCUGAUGAUGAAACUCACACUCAUAAAUCCAGCACGAUCAUGAGGCCAAAAGUGCCGCCUCCACUUCCUCCUAAGCCCAAGUCCAUCCCCACUUCCACACCGCCACCACAACCCAAACUGAAACCAGACGACAGCCAAUCACACAGCGAGGACGAUGGGGGCGGGACAAUCAAACGUUGCCCCAUCCCGGAGACUUCGAGCCCAGCCAAACCCUCCAACGUACCCCCACGGCCCCCGCCCCCAAAGCUGCCACCCCACCGGCGCAGUAGCCUAGGUAACGAGAGCACGACCCGCUCGGAAGUGGAAAACUCAGCCCCAGAGGAUGAUGGGAGCUUUAGGCAUUUCUGGGAGUGGCUUCACACGCCCCACACAGAGGAGGAGCUAGAGGAGGCUUGGGAGGUGCUGAAGGAGGUCAAAGAGGAGCAGGAGAAAGAAAAGGAAGCCAGUAAUGGUUUGAGCUCUGCACACAACGGGGAGAGGGACGGGCCUCCAGAGAGGCAGUCCACGAUGCCCCCUAGUGUCCCAGCGAGGAAAGACAAGAAGGAUGUUCCGAUGCCUGUCAGUAAUGGCCUUCCACCAACACCUAAAGUCCAUAUGGGUGCCUGUUUCUCUAAAGUGUUCAACGGCUGCCCCUUAAAAGUCCAUUGUGCCACUUCCUGGAUUAACCCAGACACGAGAGACCAGUAUUUAAUAUUCGGCGCAGAGGAGGGCAUUUACACAUUAAACCUGAACGAGCUGCAUGAGACGACAAUGGAACAGCUCUUUCCUCGCCGGUGUACCUGGUUGUACGUCAUGAACAACUGUCUUCUGUCUAUAUCGGGAAAAGCCUCUCAGUUAUAUUCACAUAACCUGAGUGGUCUGUUUGAACAGGCCAGACAGUUACAAAAGUUACCUGUAGCCAUUCCUACACACAAGUUGCCUGAUAAGAUGAUUCCCAGGAAGUUUGCUGUGUCCAACAAAAUUCCAGAUACUAAAGGGUGCCAAAAGUGUUGUGUAGUGCGAAAUCCAUACACAGGUCAUAAAUACCUCUGUGGAGCCUUUCAGUCCAGUGUCAUGCUGUUGGAGUGGGUGGAGUCAAUGCAAAGGUUCAUGCUCAUUAAGAACAUAGACUUCCCGUUGCCGUGUCCUCUGGAGGUCUUUGAGAUGUUGGUGGUCCCGGAGCACACGUACCCGCUCAUCUGUGUGGCCGUCACUAAAGGCACAGAACUCAACCAGGUGGUCAAGUUUGGCACCGUCAACCCCAACGCCACCUCCUCCUGGUUCACAGAAACAGACACUCCACAGUCGUGUGUGAUCCACGUUACUCAGUUAGAAAGAGACACUAUUCUGGUCUGCCUGGACAGAUGCAUAAAGAUUGUCAACCUUCAAGGGCGGUUAAAAUCCAGCCGUAAAUUAUCGGCAGAGCUCACCUUUAACUUCCAGAUUGAGGCAAUAGUGUGUCUACAGGACAGUGUGCUGGCGUUCUGGAGACAUGGCAUGCAAGGAAGAAGUUUCAAGACCAACGAGAUCACGCAGGAGAUUUCCGACAGCACACGGAUCUUCAGACUUCUGGGAUCAGACAGACAUGCUGACAGUAGAGAUCCAGAUGCUGAGGACAGAGGGGGCUCUCUGCCCAGGGUGGUGGUGUUGGAGAGCAGGCCUACGGACAACCCUACGGCCAACAGUAACCUCUACAUCCUCGCUGGACAUGAAAACAGCUACUGAGAAUCCCCCGCACUUGUACAUGGACACAGCCACAUUGCACCCAACCACUAGAAACAAAACCUGGGAGCGGGCCGCCGGGGAACGCCGCCUCCUCUACGCAAACACUACUCAGUAUUUAACUGCAAGGCUCUGCGCUAAUGUAAGUGUCUGGAUUUACAGAUAUCGGGUUGAGGUGCAACAAACGGUGGGGGUCAGUGCAAACCCGUACAGAGGCUGAAUGAACAAAGUGAGCGGGGGAUUUCUGAGUCCACUCUCCCAGGAGGAAGUAAAAAAAAAAAUCAGCACUACUUCUACUGCUCCCCCUGCACAUGUUACUACUGCUACUAGAGCGUCACAGAAAAGCCAUGUUGCACACCUAACCAUCCUUUAUUAUCUGUUCCUUUUUAUUUAUUGUACCAUAAUCUAACAAACACAACGGCUUUUUGUUUUUAUUGUUUUAUAAAAAAAGAUAAACGCGUCAUCACUUCUGCUAGCGUCAGUGUGCUGUCCCCACACAAGUGCUUCAUCCAACUCUAUUUAAUUGUUGUAAAUAUAAAUGUAGUAUUUUUGACAAACACUAAGAGACUAAGAGUCAGGUGACUGGUCAGGUGACCGGUCAGGUGUCUACAUGACCAGUCACCUGACCAGUGUGUAGAACUGUCCACACAAAGUUAAACUGGUGCACAAGACACUUCAGAAGUGGAUCGUGCACUUCCUGGUUACUCCAUCCUCUGGACGACAGAAUCAUUAAAGUCACUGCUAAUGCUCUUGUGCUCAGACAUGGACUGAGUAAAGACUCACGUGAUUGGCUGUUCAUUAUGCAUGUGUCACCAUGGUAACCUCCUUUUGUGUGCACCAAAGCAGCGUCGACGUGACACUGCGUGUCAUGGCUGUUUCUAUUUAAGUUUCUCGUCUCAUCAAUCGUUUUUAUGUUAAACUGUAUUAAUCAGAAACACCUUUUAUUUGUUUUAUGUUCAUUGAACCACUGGUGUUAAACAUUUUGCACAAGGACAAAGGUAUUGAUAAACAAAUGUGAUGUCAUUCUAAAUAUGACCUGUGUGUGCGCAUGUGUGGGUGUGUGUGAGCGUGUCGACGGUGUGUGUGAGCGUGUCGACGGUGUCACGUCACCGUGCAUGAUGUACAGAUCUGAUCUAACAUGUUUCUGCUCAAGUCCUUGGUAGCAACUUAAACCAAUGCAAAUGGCACAGACUCAGUGCUUAGCCUGUAGAAUCUGUCUAAUAUUUAUUGGAAAUAUGCACAUUCAGAGGUAGGAAAGUAUUUGUACCACCGUGUAAAUUUGCAGAUGACAAUUCAGUCUUUUAUUGGAACCAGUGACUCUCCUGGUCAAGUGUCAGACACAUUUUACAGAGAAAUAUUCAACAUGUUGUAUUUAAGGUUAAAGUGAUUAGAAAAGUCAUAGUCAUUGAUUUAAAGUUUUUUAAAGGUUCAUAAAUCAAAACGUGCAUGUAUUCAGUCAACAUGAGACUUUACAAAGCAGUUUAUCACAUCUCAACACUAGAGGUCGCUCUAACACUAAUUUAUUCAGUGUCCUCAGUAUCAAGUCAUGAGGUCAAUUCUUAUUUGUCAUGACACACAUAGAUUUCACACAGAACUAGAGAUUAAAAUACGCAGAGACUGUUGUGUCCAUAUAUUUAUUGUCUUAUAUUAAACAUUCCUUUUUAAUUUACAUAUUUACCAGUAAACGCCUAAAAUCUUUGUUUAUCCCUAAUCCCAUAAUGUCAGAAUAUUUACUUUCUACGUUUCCCCGGAGAUGUAACUGAUCUGUCUCAAAAUCAAAGCUGACAUGGUUUUUGUUUUUAUUACUUAACUUUUAAAAAUGUACCUAACGAACCAGUUUAAUUAUUUUUCAAAAACUUUAAAGAUUUUAUAUUUAAUUAAAGAUGUCUACCGUGACUUAGGCUGCACGCGAACAGAAUCGGACACUUAGGGCGUAUGUGCAAAAGUAAAUGUAAUAAUGAUCAGUGUGCCCUCUGCUUUUCUCACUACGGUCUUCUGUUUUCAUAGCACGACGCACACGUAACAAAUGUAAAUAGUGUAAGAUAAAAUGGGUUUGUUUUACAUACUGUAUAAUUGCCUAUAUUUUGUUUCAGAAGUGUAACAGAUUUAUGAGACAGCAGGUUAACACAUUAAAAAGACAGAAGUGAA